AUGCAAAACCAGAGCCAGAGGUGUGUACAACUGUUUUUCGUGAUCUUGGUUUCCUUCUCACUGUUAGUCUCCGGCGCCGAUAAGGUAACCACGGUGGUCGGAAACACCAGAAAUGUACAGUACCACUCCAGAAUACUAGAGAAACAACAGAAGAAGGAGAAGGAAUGGAAGGAGAAAUGUCAGCAGGAAGACACAACACAUUCUUCAUCCGAUGAUCAUAGCUUGUACUCCAGCAAAAGAAGAGUUCCAAACUCAUCAGACCCACUUCAUAAUCGGAGAUGA